ACACACCCUCCUCCUUCAGUCCCUCCAGCCACGCAUACACUGGUAGAGCUGCCGCCUGCAGUGAGUGGGACACUGUACAGCUGCCUGGGAUUUCUGAACUACUCCAUUAAAGUGUGGUAUCGGGCUGUGAGCGGGAGAGAUACAAGUAUCCAGAGACAACAACACGAGGGGCAACGACAUUUGCUUACGGCAUUUUCUUACUGUGAAGCCAGAGGAGACAGAUGAUGGAGACCAAACUCUGGAUUGUCCUUUGUGCGCUGCUGCUGCUCAUUGACCUGGGAUCCGCUGAAAAUGAUGCUGCUGCUUCAAAAAUCGCUCUUGGUGCUGAAGCGGCUACCGAGGCCCCAGCUGCAGACUCUGUGCCCCCCUAUAGCCUGAGACCCACCGGUCAUCCUGCAUCAGCACUAAAUGGCUCUGACACAAACCCAAGUUCCGGUGGCACCAGCAGUUUGAGCAGCAACACAACUAAAGAUGGGGAAACCACCUCUCAGACACCAAUACCACAGAAAGAUAAUGAUACCAUCGUGGUUUCUCCCUCAGUGUCUGUUGUUCCUGAAAAAAGUGAGAACCUAACCGUAGAGUCGACAUCACAGCCUCGAAUUCUUCCCUCUGAGAGCCACGCCAACACCACUCACAUCCUCCCUACCAUCACCACCACCUCUACAAGCCCCCCACACACAGGUCACAGUGCCCCUGUCGACACACCGGUCACCAACACAUCCAACGAUCCUGCAGCGCUACCUCCUGACUCCAUCUCAUCCUCAAAGCAGCCAACCAGUUCCACAACACACUCAUUCACUUCUGCCCCAACACCUGAGCCACCAAAGCCUGAUACUACAACCACUACCAGCGCCCAGUCCAGGUCAACAUCCAGCACCAGCUCCUCUCAAAAGCCCCCCAAAUCUGAGUCGGAAACGCUCACAUCUCCACACAUUUCACGGUCCGACGCACCCCAAGACCAACCAAAGUCCACCAUGGCCCCGCCGAGCAACCCCUCAUCCCAGGCCAAAGCCCAUUCUGACAACCCCUCCCAGCUCAAUGUGGGUGGUGACACCACGAUGCACGAGGCUACCACAUUAGACCCUCUCCUGGCCGGCCUGGUGUCAGCCUUCAUCAUCACCGCUGUCAUCAUCACUCUGCUCCUCUUCCUCAAACUGCGCCGAAGAGACAACCGACCAGAGUUCCGCAGGCUGCAGGAUUUACCUAUGGAUGAUAUGAUGGAGGACACACCCUUGUCCAUGUACACCUACUGAUGGAGGCAUGACUGAAAUUUUUGGCACCUAAAUACUCUCCUUCAAUCCAGGCUCAUGCUGCAGCGUUCGCCUUAAUCUGCACCAAACAGAAAGAAUCCUGGGUAGGUGCGAGCAAAAUUUAUGGCUUGCUUUCAUUUAUCCAGAUACUGGACAUGUACAUAAGGACAUGAUUGAAGCUGUAAUGGACAAUGAAGACAUUACCCACGAUGGGGUCCCUUUGGAAAAAGUCUAUGUUGAUGCCUGUAAUUACUAAUUAGGUCAACACCUCUGUUCAAUAAUGUAUGCUUAGUAUUUUCCAGGCCAUCUUUUGGGGUCGUAUAAUAUAUUUAGAUUUCCCUAGAGAUGAAAAGCGUAGAUUUAAAGCACAAGGCAACAUCAUCAGUUGUAUCCAUCAGCGUGAUGAUUAACACUUGGAUACUGAUUCAGCCUGUCCUGCCAGACUCUUACCAGGGGGCACUGGUAUAAUUUCCCGUUAUCAGUUAAUGCUGUAAAGUCUGGCAGACAAAAAAGGUCUCACAGUCUGACUGAGAGACCGGAGAAGAGAAAUGAACAAGAAAAAAAAAACACACAGCUUGAUUAUAGAGUAAAUGAGGUUGCACUUUACUUUUUCAGGAGUUUGAAAAAAUUGGACAAAUAUUUUUGUGUGCCUACAUACAGUAAGUGCAGGCAUAGCACUCUUUGUUUUUAGGUGUGUGUGCAUGUGUGUGAGUAUGUUAAGGGAUGCAUGUUUGGUUUUUUGGUGGCAUGGCAGGGGAUAUUUAAGUAUUUUUUUCUGUGGUAAAGGUCCUGCUGCCUUUACACCGGAGUUUAAUAUGUGCAGUGUUUUUUUGUUGUUUUUUGUUUUGUUUUGUUUCUUUCCUGGAGUCUUCAGUCCAGGAGAGAGUGCCUUACACAGUAUAGGAACAGCAUACCAUAUAUUGCAACCAAAUAACUUCCAGAUUUACCAAUCAUUCCCAGUAUUUUGUGUGAUUCCCAUUUAAACACACACUCAGGGCCAGGUAGCUGCUCGGACUUGCCUGUGUUUGAGGACCAGCCUUGAGUGUGUUCAACAUGAAGCACUCAAUCACGCACGAUGACAGUUGCAGACUGAAAUUGGCCAGUGGCCUUUACACACAAUGUUAGCAUUGUCCUGUGCAUUGUAAAUACUACUGAUGACUGCAUCAUGCAAAGACAACUUUAUGAAACAUUUCAUCUUAGUAGCGUUCACCAGACAUAAACAUAUUAAAAAUGUUACAUGGAUUGACCUGACUGCGCCAUGUUCCCAGUUCAGAAAUACUCUAUUGAUUUUACUGUGUAUAAGCCUUGCUGUAUUUUCGCUUUGCAAAUGUGCAGGAAAAUGUGAGUGGAAGUGAGACACAUAAAGGAUGCCAGAAUGACCCCCAUCAAUGCAAAACAUACGCAGCUUCUAUUUAUUUAAAAUAGACCCUAUGAACUGAUACAUCAAAACGUCUAGUGAUUUCAAUCAAGUUUAUGAAUUGGAGCAAAACGUUGUGCUUCUUAUUACUUCUUGUGCUAUGAAAAAUUACAGAUGGGUGACAAAUUAGAGGAAAACCCAACAUAAAAGUGCCUUAGUAAGGUGUUGAGCCCCAAGAACAACUUCAUUGCUCCUUGGCACAGAUUCUACCUGUCUACAUUCCCUAAUUUUGCGUUUUGAUGAGGGAGGUGGAGAGCGCCUUCUAACAUAUUGCUCCAAAAUCUCCCAAAGAUGUUGAUGGUGAAUGUGAAGGCCAUAGCAUAUGAUUAACAUCACUUUCAUACUUGUUAAACCAUUGAGUGAAUCCUUGUUUUUCCUUUCCAUUUGUCACCCAUCUGUACAUCCAGUAUUAAAUUAGACACUGUAGAUUCCUAAUUUAGGGGUAAAAUUGUCUGUAAAGUCCUGUAUUUGUCCAUUUCUUUAAGUGUCAAAAGUACCCUCUAUGCAUAAUGAGGCUUUGAAGCCAGAUGUGGAUUGAUUGGUGUUGUAUGAUUAAAGGUAUUGUUAAACCAUACUCUGCA